CGUAUCACUAAAUACUCUUUUACUAAAGCAAGGUUUAUUAUCGUUAUAUAUACAUAUAUAUAUCUGAAAAUGGGUGAAUUAAUCAAUCAAAAAUUGUUAUGUGGAGGACGCUGGACAAAGUUGGGUGAUGGGUUUGUAAUUGCCAUCACCAUAUUACUUUUAAGUCACAGAUCAGUAAAAGGAUGUACAUGGCUGGAAAAUAUUAUGCCAGACAUAAAUGGAGGUAUUGCAUCAGUUCUAAGUAAUACACAAGAUGAUUGUUGUGCAUAUUGUGUAAAAAACUUUACUGACACCUUAGCUGCUUAUUAUAUGAAUUCACAGUGCACAUGUUUAAAUGUAAAUCACAAAAGAAUUGUGUCUUAUGGAAGUUAUUACACGUAUAUUACAAGAAACCCUUUAUCAAUAAACCAAUCAAGUUAUGAAUGUGGCAGCUUUGGUUCGUUUACUUUGUUUACACUUUAUUUUGUUGUAUCACCAUUGGAGUCAUAUCUAUUUCAAGUUAUAAACAUGAAUUUGACUUCGAAUCUCUCAACUUCUGUUAUAAUGAUAAAACCAGAUGCAACUUAUAUAAAUUAUGAUGGUGCUGCUGUUGGAUUUACAUAUCAAGCAUCUAUUAAUUCACAAAACUACUUUGUAAAUGUAACUAGUACUUUUAAAGUUGGUUAUGUUAACAGCACAACUCAGUUUGCAAUGUCGUUUGCACGCUUGGCUGAUAGUUUAUCGAGGUUAAUUAUCUAUCUUAAACCUUUCAAAGUUGUGGCAAAUGUAAAGAAUAGUAAUGCUGGUUUUAACUCCACCUUAUUUGAAGCAACAAAUGGUGCUCUAAAGUUGAGAUUUUUUAUAAAAAAUGAUUAUUUUAAUUCAAGCGGAGAUGCAGAAGAUGUUGUUUUCAUAAUUUACUAUAAUGAAAAAAUAAUAAGCUAUAAAAGUUACAUGCAUACUGUUGGUGGAAUGGUGGCUAAUGUGACUUUUCAACUUCUCACUCUUCCUCCAAAUAUGAUAAAAAUUAUUAUUCCGAGAUUGAGAUGUGGUGCCUUUAUUCAGAUUAUUGUCUACUUUUUAUCUCUAAUGAAUAACCGACAACCAGUAGAGUCUUUCUUUCUUGAGCUCUCUGCUACUAUUUACCAGAAUGGAACAUUGCUUCAGCUAAUAAAUAAAAACAUUACUCUGUUAGCAGAUGUUGAAACACAAAACCGAGCUAGGAACCGAAGGAUUAUUGGGGACAUGCUUUCACUGCUUCGAUUUAAUGAUUUACUACUUGUGUGUGAGUGGGCAAUAGAUAGAACAAGAAAUUAUUGUGGAAUCUUGUCAUUGGAAGGAGCACCUACAUUUACUAGGUUUUCUGUUGUUUUUCUUGAACCAAUAUGCUAUGAUAACGUGACACAAAAUAUUUAUUUUGAAGAUAAAUUUGAAAAUAUUGUGGUCUAUAAUUAUUUGAAUCCGAUUCCAAUAAGGUUAUCUGAAACAAAAGAAAAAAUUCUGCAACUACCAUCAAUAACUUUACCAUUAACAAUUUCUAAAGGUUCACGAGUAUUUGGUUGUAAUGUGAAAACACAAAUUGGGAGUUACAAAGAAACACCUUAUUACAUGAACUCUUUUGGUUUUAUAUUCAAUUCUAGCAGCAUAUAUAAUUGGGUUUCUCCCGCCAUAUACACUUCAACCAGUUUUUGUUAAAGUUGGAAAAUAUUCGUAGUAAAAAUUUAGAUUUAGAAGAAAAGAUUUAUUUAAUAUUUAACAAUGCUCUAAGCUAUUUAAUAUGAUGCUUCUAAGCUAAAAUCAGCAAGAAUUCUACCACGAAAGACGCAGUUUUCUUCGAAUUAAAAGUCACGUAAAAACACAGAUUACUUUGAGUUAGCAACCAUGCAAUAACACAGUUAUCCUCAAGUUAAAAAUUACAAAUUUCAACAAUCCGUCCCACUUUUUUCCAAGUAAAGGUUUUCCUGUCAUCAGCAUUAUUUGAUAGGUUGGUACCGUUGCCUAACAAGAACAGAUCUUACCAACAACUAAUUUUGUGCCUCAAAAAAUAAACAAAGAAGAAAUUGUUUUGUUUUGUUUUUUUAAAUCUUUUCAAGGCUUUUAACAGCUAAAUCAAAUUUUGUACAUAACAAAACUUCUAACCGUUAUAUUUAAAUUUUAUUAUUUAGUUUAGAAAUUAUAUAUUACUGUUGAUAUUAUAAAAUAUUUCUUGUUUUUUUUUAAUGAAUAAAAGCUAUAAAGGCUUUGUUGUAUAUUUUUUCAAA